UUCAAACUACGGAAUUGUUGUAUAUGUGGAUAUGUAGCGAAUAUAGGUGCGGGCUGCGUCCCGCGUACUCGCCUAUUGUUUGCAUUGUACCUACAUUAAAACAGUGUGCAACUAGCCGGCUUGAGUUACUGACGUGUACAGCACGCCCUCCCACCACCCGAAAUACUUAACAGUGGCGACGAGGGGAUUCGAGAUUGGUGGAAAUGUCUACGGGAGCGACUUAUGGGGUCCUAUCGACUUUUGACCAUCUUUCACAAGAAUGGGACAGCUACAAGUCGCGGUUGGAUCAAUGGUUCAUUGCGAAUGACAUCAACUCGACAACCGACAAGGGAACAAUUAAGAGGAGGGCCAUAUUGCUGACGUCACUGAGCGAGUCAUCAUUCAAGCUAGCGAGUGACCUGGCGUUACCCAAGAAGGUGGAAGAAUUAGGAUAUGAAGAGUUAGUGAAACUACUCGACGAUCACUUCACACCAAAAAGGCUCGGGUUUGCGGAAAAGUCGACAUUUUACGCCGCAACACAGCGACCUGGAGAAAGUCACACUCAAUGGGCAGCCAGGAUAAGAGGAUUAGCAGCUCACUGUGAAUUCAAGAACUUGGAGGAAGCCUUGCUGGAUAAAUUUAUUAUGGGCAUGGUAGCAGGACGCGAGCGGGACAAGUUGUUUGCGCAAAACCAGCGGGAGCUGACCCUCGCUAAGGCCAUCGAUCUGGCCGAGAGCGUGCGGUGUGCGCGGCAGGCCUCGUCGCAGGCGGCGCCGGGCGCGAGCAGCGUCGGCGCAGCGAGUCCAGACACCGUGUUUAAUGUCACCAACAAGGAAAAGUGCAGUGUGUGCGGGUUCACCAACCAUAAGUCUAAUCAGUGUCGAUUCAAAACCUACAAAUGUAAAAAGUGUAAUAAUAAGGGUCAUUUACGUAAGAUGUGCCCUAACGCGGGGAAAGUGAAAUACGUGGAUGAAGGUACCGUACACGACGGAGACGACGGUGAGUCUUUUUAUAAUAUACGAUGCGUAAAAGGAAAACCGAUGACAGAGCGCGUCAUGAUCAGUGGUCUAGCUUUGGAAUUUGAAAUCGAUAGUGGUUCCGCGGUAAGCGUAAUUUCAGAAAAUACCUACAAGUCUCAUUUUAAACAACUUCCAUUGACAGUCACCACCAAAAAGUUAUUUAGUUAUACGGGUGAAAAUAUUAAAACAAUCGGAGUUGUAUUAUUGCCUGUAUCAUAUAAUGGUCGUACGCAAGUAUUGAAUGUUUAUGUAGUGUGCGCAAGCGGCCCGCCAUUGCUAGGCCGGGAUUUCAUUCGCGAGUUUGACCUUGAACUAGCACCCGCAAGAGGCGCGGCCGUGCAUGCGUUAUGCACGGAGGUGCAGGCCGGUCGCGAGUCUAAUAUUGUCAAACAACUCACUAAUCAGUUUCCUAAUGUCUUCUCUGACAAUCUUGGGGCGUUUAACAAGUAUAAAAUAAGCUUACACCUAAAACCGGAUGCUAAGCCGAUUUUUAUUAAAGCGAGAUCAGUACCUUACGCGCUAAAAGAUAAAAUAGACAAGGAACUGGAUCGGUUAUUAUCUUUAGGCAUUUUGAAACCUGUCGAACACUCCGAGUAUGCAUCGCCGGUGGUACCUGUUUUAAAGAAGAACGGCAGCAUUCGAUUAUGUGCCGACUAUUCAGUUACAAUAAAUAAACAGUUGGUUAUAGACCAAUAUCCGUUGCCGACAGUCAAUGACUUGUUAGCAAAAUUACAUGGAGGCGUACAAUUUAGUAAAAUAGAUUUAUCUAUGGCAUACAAUCAAUUUAUUUUAAAUGAAGAUUCGCAAAGUCUAACAUGCAUCAACACUCAUCGCGGACUCUUCAAUUUUACCCGUUUAGUUUUUGGGUUGUCGAGCGCGCCGGCCGUUUUCCAGCGGGCGAUGGAAUGCUUGCUCUCGGGUAUAGAUGGAAUCAUAUUUCUAUUGGACGACAUUCUCAUCACGGGAGCGAAUAAAGACCAGCAUAAACAUAGGCUGUAUACGGUAUUACAACGCUUAGAUGACGCGGGCUUAACGGUACAGAUGAGUAAAUGCGAAUUCUUUAAAGAUGAGAUUUCAUACUUAGGCCACGUCAUAGACAGAUACGGAAUUAGGAAGUCGCUCGAUAAGGUAAAGGCUAUAUUACAAGCUCCUAAGCCUACAAACGUGUCACAACUACAGUCAUUUCUGGGUCUCACUAAUUAUUACAGGAACUUUGUACCCGACGCGUCAUCCGUAUUAAGUCCAUUAUAUAAUCUGUUAAAUAAAAAUACCAAGUGGGAGUGGACUGGCAUGCAUGAUGACGCUUUUACUCGAAUAAAAAAUAUUUUAGCGUCCGAUAAGACACUAGCACAUUUUAACCCUAGAGCCAAGCUAAUAUUGACUGUAGAUGCGUCACCGACCGGGUUAGGGGCCGUGCUGUCACAAGUCGGCAGUGACGGGUUAGAAAGACCGAUAUCGUACGCUUCUCGUACGUUGAACUCGGCGGAAAAAAAUUACGCUCAAAUUCAAAAAGAAGCUACGGCUAUCAUUUUCGGCGUAAGGCGGUUCCAUCAGUACUUGUAUGGUCGGUCCGAGCCCUUUACACUACGAACGGAUCAUAAACCUUUGCUAGCAAUAUUCGGGCCACACAAAGGCGUCCCUGAAGUGUCCGCAAACCGCCUGCAGAGGUACGCCAUAUUCUUAACUGCGUACAAUUAUACUAUAGAAUAUAUAGAUAGCAAGCGGAACAGCGCGGAUUAUUUGUCUAGGACAGGCGGGGAGGGGGGGCUCGCGGAAACUCACGAAGAACUCGCGGAGUGCGAAGAUCGCGCAACCUACGUCAACUUCGUAGUAGAUGGCGACCUGCCAGUGACACUCAGUGACAUACGGCGCGAAACGGCUCGCGACCCCCACCUAGCUAUAGUUAUACGGUAUGUAAUGAACGGCUGGCCUAGGAAAAUAACUGACGUGAAUUUAAAAUCCUUCUUUAAUUGUCGGUCACAGUUGUCAUACGAAAAUGGUAUUCUAAUGCGUGGACACAAAGUCGUUAUUCCUGUAAACUUACAAAACACUAUUUGUAAAGAACUACAUAGUUCACAUUUCGGGGUAGUGAAAAUGAAGGCGGAGGCCCGCAAGCGGCUGUGGUUCCCGGGCGUGGACGCGGCGCUGGAGGCGCUGGCGGCGGCGUGCGCCGUCUGCUGCGCGCUGCGGCCCGCGCCGCCGCACGCCGCGCUUGCACCUUGGCCGCUGCCGCCGCACCCAUUUCACCGAAUUCAUGUAGAUUUCUUGGGCCCGUUUCAUAAUCGUAUGUUUUUAAUCAUUGUAGAUGCAUAUAGUAAAUGGGUAGAAUGUUACGACAUGUCUUCGUCAUACACUUCAAAGGCAGUUAUAAAUAAAUUGUAUGAGUUGAUGUCACGUUUUGGGGUGCCGCAUACCCUGGUAAGUGACAACUUUUCUUCUUUCACUUCGAUAGAAUUUAAUGAUUUUUGUAAACGUAACGGUAUUGAACAUGUUUUAUCCCCAGUAUAUCACCCAGCCAGCAAUGGCCAAGCCGAGAGUUAUGUAAAAAUUGUAAAAAAGGGACUAAAAGGUAUUAUUUUAGACGGACUUAACAAAAAGUCUCUUCACGAAAACAUUAAUAAAUUUUUAUUUGAUUACCGGAAUUCAAAACAUAGCACCACUGAUCAGUCGCCUGCGGAAUUGGUAUACGGGCGCGCGUUACGCUCGAGGCUGGACUUAUUAAACCCCAUCACGCCGUCACCGUCGUCCACGGACCUUACUCAUACUGUCCAACGUAAACAGUCCUCACAAGCUAAACAUUACAAAGGAGUACAACGUACAGAGUUUAAGGAAAAUGAUAACGUAUGGGUAACUAAAAACAAGGAUACUAAAAAAUUCUAUUGGAUCGAAGGAAUUAUUAAAAAGAAAAUCGGACAUGUUAUGUAUGUGGUAUAUGUGCCAAACUUGGACAGUGAAAUCACCAGACAUAUAGAUCAGAUAAGACCACGAAAAUCUUCGGCGGCAAGCGACGACCAGUCCUGGGACCCGGACGUGAUACCAGACGUAUCACCACCGGCUGCAGCCCACCGCGAGGCUGUCUCACAACCAGAAGGGGAGGGAGACUCGGCACGGGAGCCCGGGCAAGAAGAGUCACCGCCGCACGCUGUCAACGUUGCGCACAGGCGACGGGCAAUAAGUCCGAUUUUCUCGACACCGCCAUCGGAUCCGCAUCACGACAGUGAUAUAUCGAUAUAGUUAGAUAAUAAGAUGUAGGUUUAAUCGUGUUUCUUAGCCUAAGGGGAAGGGAUGUUGUAUAUGUGGAUAUGUAGCGAAUAUAGGUGCGGGCUGCGUCCCGCGUACUCGCCUAUUGUUUGCAUUGUACCUACAUUAAAACAGUGUGCAACUA